GAGACGCCAUUCUAAAGACCGUAUCAAAAUACUUCUCGCUGAUCAAUUUUUCUUUCAACAAUUAUAUUUCAUUCUUAUUUAAAAGCACAUUUUUGUUCGCACACACGAAUCUUACAAAAAUAACGAACAAGAAAAUAUGAUUCGAGAAUUUCUUGUGACGAUCCUGGCUGUUGUUGCUGUUACUCAUGGUGCGUACAAUUGUCCAAACAAAGAUGGCCAAUACGAGGACUUGAAGCAAUGUGACAAAUACUACGACUGCGUCGAUGGGAUUGCAACAGAAAAAUUAUGUCCCGAUGGGCUCGUUUUCGAUCCCUUAAACCGCAAAGUCAACAAGUGCGAUCAUGUUUUCAACGUAGAUUGCGGUGAUCGUCUUGAGUUGCAACCACCACAGCCAACUAAAAAAUGUCCCAGAAGAAAUGGUUUCUUCGCGCAUCCAGAUUCUUCAGUAUGCAAUGUAUUUUUCAAUUGCAUCGAUGGGGAAGCCAUUGAGAUCACUUGCACAACUGGUUUACAUUUCGACGAGUACAGUGGAACCUGUGUUUGGCCUGACAGUGCUGGCCGUGAGGGAUGCGGAGUUGUGGAUAAAAAAUUGAAAGACGGUUUCGAGUGUCCGAAAGAGAAUCAGUUGGACAGCAGAGGUAUGGCAAUCGAUCAUCCGAAAUUUGCACACCCUGACGAUUGUCAAAAGUUUUACGUAUGCCUGAAUGGUGUAACACCGCGUGAACAAGGUUGCAGCGAUGGAACUGUUUAUAACGAAGAACAGCAAAGGUGUGAUGCACCUGAAAACGUUCCUGGAUGUGAGGACUGGUACAAGGAUGACGACAAAAAGCCAUGAGGGAUUAUUUGAAAUUCGUAUGUCCCGCAUCGGGACGCCCGUACUGUCUUUUUAAUUUUUAAUUGCGAAUUAGUUUGUAAUAAUAAUUAUAACACGUGAGAUAAUCUAAGCGUUUUAUUUGUUUCCAAAUAAAUAUUAAUUUUUACCAUAGAAAGAGAAAAAAAAA